CCAACUAUUGUAAGACUCUGGUUUCACUGUGUAAUGCUCUGCUAAACGCCGCUUAAACCCGUGUAAUAUCUGAAAUCAGAUUAAACUAUUUCUUUAAAAAUUUCUGAUGAAGGAUCUCGGCUGGAAAUAUCGACUGUUAUUGCUUUGCGUAGAGGCUGCCUGACCUGUCCACUUAGCUCCGGUCGAUCCCCUGAUCUCUCUGUCCCUCUCUCUCGCUCUCGCUCUCUCUCUCUCUUCCCCUUUCUCUUUUUUCUUCGCUCUCUCCCUCCCUCUGUCCGUUCUCCCGUCCACCCCAUUGCUCUGCUUCUCGUCUCGAACUUCCACCGCCCUCCAUCGGGGAAUUUAACAGCGACAGGUUGUAAACACAAGAGAUUCUGCGGAUGUAAGAGCGAAGUCACGGGGAUAAGGCAGACCCUGGACAAACGACAGAGAUGGUAGGGAGGCGGUAGGAGACAGAGUCAAUCUCGGCUGCUGCGAUUCGAGUUCACCCGAAGAAACGGCGACCGGACAAAGUGUCACAAAGAUGGAUCUAUUUCCGUAAGGGCAAAAGCGAUCCGCGCUUCCAGCGAUCUACUGGAGAAGAGGACUGCCAGGCAUUCUUCCGUAGGAGCUCAGUGAUUCCACCGCCAGGUGAUUUACUGGUCCGUACGCACAACCAUCUACUGGACAAGUCAAGCAGCGAACAAACAAACUCACCAGCCGCUGAUGAAGCCAUCCAAUAAUCACUAUGCUGUUCUCCUAUGGAUUCCCCUUACUGGUGAAGGCAUGUGCGUGGUUUGUUUAACGCGGGGAGGUUGAUGCACAUCGGAGUCAGCAUCCAGUGGCUUGGAAUGCGAGACGAUUGGGGACAGCUCCCUGCUGCAGCCUUCCUCCACCUUCACUGCCCCUGUGAUGCCAUCUUCUUGUGCCAGCUCCACCGUGGAGGUUGGGUCGCACUUUGUCUGGGUGAGUCUACCAGCAGCUACGCACCAGAUGGCAUAGUUCAUGGGAUCCCAGCAUCUCACAAGCCUCUCCAUCACAACUAAGAUGACAAUCCUCGAAGAAGAUCUAUUGGGAGAAUAGAUCUUUAUAGCCAAGAUGAUGGACUGCACACAGUGACCCAUGGAUUAGAUGGUCUGCUGGAUGUGACCCAUUGGCCUGACAAUGAACCAGAGAAGUGACCCAUGGAGUAUGUUAUCCUCUGGAUGUGACCCAUUGAUGGAGUGAUGCCCUGGGCAAAUGAUCUGUGGGACAGUUGAUCUUAGUUAAUUCCCAAGCCAAUUGAUCCAGUGGGUGGACAAUUCCAGGGUCAAUACCAGACAAUUGAUCUGGUGGGCAAUUUAUUCCUGGGGUAUUCUUUAGGUCUGGUUAUAUGUUGGAGAAUUGAUCCAUGAACCAAUUGGCCCAUUGGUCAACUGGGGAAAAGAGAAUCCCAUAUUUACAACCUUACAUUGAGAAGUGCUUCCUGACAUCAAGUAGAAAUGGCUUGGCAUGCUAAUUAUGAUGUUAUGCUUACAGAAGAAGGAUUGUUUCUCUCCGUCUACAUGAUCAAUUUCUUUAAAUAUUGUAAAUGUUUUGAUUACUGAUCUAAUACUACUAUUUAAAGAUAUUUACAUCUGCCUCUAAUAGCAAGGUGGCUAGCACAGUCACUUUAUGGCAUCAACUGUAUGAUCAGUGUUCAAUUCCCACCACUGCCUGUGAGGAAUUUGUACAUUCUCCCAGUGCCCAUGUGGGUUUCUUCUGACUGGUCUGUUUUCCUCCUACAAUCCAGAAGUGAUGCCCUGUUAGGCUUAGUGAGUUGUGUUGGAGGCGGAAGCAUGGUGGCACUUGCAGGUGCCCAGCGCAAUCCUCACUGAUUUAAUUUGGGGUGCUGUAGUAGCGUAACGGUUAGUGCAACGCUAUUACAGCUCAGGGCACUGGAGUUCAGAGUUCAAUUCCAGCACCCUCUGUAAGAAAAUUCGUACUUGCUUCACAUACUGGUGUGGGUUUCCUUUGGGUGCUGCAGUUUGCUCCAACCGUCCAAAGACGUACCGGUUAAUAGGUUAAUUUGUCAAUGUAAAUUGUCCUGUGAUUAGGUUAGUACUAAAUGUGUGGGUUGCUGGGCUGUUUGGCUCAAAAGGCCAGAAGGGUUUGCUCUGCAUUGUAUGGCUGAAUAAAUAAAUAAUAUAAAAUAUAUAACUGGAGAAAACAAAUCAAGAUUAUGCCAGCUCUCCCCGUAACUUAACUCCUCUACUGGCACAGCAGGCAUCCUCAGUCAGGGCAAUGAGUACCGAAAAUCGUAAACUUAAAAAAUUCCUCAGAUGCCGGAAAUCCGGAGCCACACGCUGGAGGGACUCAACAGGUCAUGGCAGCAUCUAUGGAAAUGCAUAAACCGUCGACACUUCAUGCUGAGACCCUUCUUCAGGAGUGUAGAAGUCAGGACUUAUGUCUUAUGGUCUUGUGAGACAUCACGUUGAAGUUGUUCAAGAGAUUGUUGAGGCUGCACUUCAAAUACGACCUUCUGUUUUGGUCACCCUGCUGUAGGAAAUAUACCAUUAAGCUGGAAAAGAGAAGAAGGAUGUUGCUAGGAUGCAAGGCACUGAGUUAUGGAGAGAGGCUGGGCAGCUUGGGACAUUUUUCCCCUGAGCAUAAGAGAAUGGGGAUUGAUCUUAUGGAAGUAUAUAAAAUUGUGAGGGGUAUAGUUCGGGUGAAUGAAUGCACACUCUCUGUUUUUCUCUAGGGUUGGGGAAUCAAGACAUAAGCUUAAGGUGAGAGGGGAGAGAGUUAAUAGGAAACUGAGGGGGCAACAUCUCACCCAGAGUGUGAUCCACAUGGAACAAGCUGCCAAAGGGAGUGAUUGAAACAGGUACAUUAACAACAUGUGAAAGUUACUUGGACAGGUACAAUGCAUAGGAAAGGUGUGGAGGGAUAUGGGCAGGCAUGAGCAAACGAUGAGAAUCUUGGCCAGUAUCGACCAGUUUGACUGAAAGGUCUGUUUCCAUGCUGUAUGACUCUGUGACUCUCUCUGUUCUGUAGAAUAACCCCUCUAAUUCAUAUGGUCCCUCCUUACACAUCUUGCCAAAGUACUCUACUGCAAAAUCCUAAGCACUGCAGCUUGGCAACACUACGACCACGUCUGUCUCUUUAUAAUGAAGCUCAAAGUCAAAAGCCAAAGUAAAUUUAUUAUCUAAGUUAAAUAAGAGAAUAUUCCCAGAGCCGAGCUAAGGAAUGGAGAUGAGUUUGUUCCCACUGAAACAUGAAGAUAGGCCCCAGCUCUACAGUUCGGUGUGUGUCGAGAAGAAAGCCUUAUUCACAAGCACCAACACGGAGGAGACGGACGGGGGUUAUGUGACAAACACCAGUCAGGGCUAUGAUCGCAAGUACUACUGCGGCGCCUGUGGGCUCCUGAUGAGAGAUCCCGUCCAGACAGAGUGCGGGCAUCGGUUCUGUGAGAUGUGUCACAAGACAGUAUUGAAAGAACUGAUGAUGUGUCCCUCUUGCCUGAGGGAUAAAGAAAUAGUUGAGAAUGUUUCACUUGCCACAUUUGAAAAGUGUUUUAACGACAGGGCGAUUGCAAAGGAGAUCCUAAACCUGGAAGUCUCCUGUCUCAACCAGGGCUGCACAUGGACUGGUCCACUGAGGGAACGAGAGGCGGAGCACAAGAUGACUUGCGAGCAAGGCCUCCGGAGGUGUCCCUUCAGUGUUGUCGGCUGCAGGCAGAUGAUACCUGGUCAGAAGGUCGACGAACACAUGCAGAACUCUGUUGCACACCAUCUGAACUGUGUCCUUCAGAGCAUCCAGGGAUUCCGGAAAGAGCUCGGUGAGUCUCCCAGCCUGGAAGGAAUGUUUGGGAAUCGGAAAGAGAUGAGCUUACAGCCCAGCCAGUUGCUAAAGCAGAAGACACAGGGCGAGGAUGCCCAGGAAGAUCUGAAAGUAAAACUACAGACUUUUGAAAACAUUGUCACGGUGCUAAACCGUGAAGUGGGACAUACAAUAAAUACUGUUGAAAAGCAAGAGAAAUGGAUAAAGGAGCAAGACACAGUGAUUGCACAGCUAAAGAACAAGAUACGACAAAAUGAGAAAUCAAUUUGCCUCAAGGAUGUGGUGAUCGCUAACCUCCAGAUGCGCCUUGAAGUCUUGGAGAGCACUUCAUAUGACGGCACUUUGGUCUGGGAAAUCUCUGACCUCAGCCAGAAAAUGCAAGAGGCCAUCGAUGGGAGGACUCCCUCAAUUCUCUCCCCACCGUUCUUCACCGCUCACUGUGGCUACAAGCUGUGCCUGAGGAUGUACCUGAAUGGUGAUGGAGUGGGGGCAAACACACACCUCUCUCUAUUUCUGGUCAUAAUGAAGGGCAAAUACGAUCCCAUUCUGGAGUGGCCAUUCAGCAAGAAGGUGACCUUUAAGCUCUUGACUCAGCAGGACAGAAGCCUCCAGAUGGUGUCGGCCUUCAAACCGGAUGUCAGCUCUCCCUCAUUCCAGAGGCCCACCCAGACCAUGAACGUGGCCAGCGGCUGCCCGCAGUUUCUGCCCCUCACCUACCUCCACUCUAACUGGCACUCCUACGUAUCUGAUGACACCAUGUUUGUCAAAGCCAUCAUAGAGCCUUAGCUCUCUGUCUCCAUGGCAAACCUGGCAAAGAAGGCAUAGACCUCAGGACUUAGCAAGGGCCCCACUGCGACAGAUGUGGUGGCUGCCUGGGAACACGCAGUGAAGCGGCCUCCCACAAUCGGCACCAUCCUCCAACCCUGGAGUUUUGAAUUGCACUUUUGUUACACAUAUAGAAUUAAUUUUAUUACUGCAAUGUUACAAAUCUAUAUUUUUAACCUAAUGUAAAUUAUAUGAAUGAAUAUUUUUCUAACUAAUGCUUGGAUGAGGAGGCAAGAAGCCUCACAUGUGGAAUGUGAACAUUUGAUGGCUAAAGGGUCUCAUGCUGUGUGAUGACAAAGAGGCCACUUGGUCCCUCAAGUCUGUCCCACCAUUCAAUAUAAUCAUGGCUGAUCUGCACCAAACUACCUCCUCUCCUAUGCCAGUUCCCAAGUCAAUUAAGUUGCCCAUCUAUUAACUGUUUAUCUACCUCCUCUUGCAAUACAUCAGGGUGAUGUGGUCACAUAUUCAGCUUUUUGGUCUGUUCAGACCCCGUGCUGACAUGCAGGGAACACAGUGAGCCCAAUGUUUCUCUCACUUGCAAUCCCGGGGCAUGGAGCCAGUGAGUUGAGGUGCUGUCUGUAUGUGGAGUUUACAUGUUUUCACAGAUUCAGAAUCAUACAACACGGAAACAGGCCCUUUGGCCUGGCUUGUUCAUUCUGACCAAGAUGUCUUCCUGAGCUAGUUCCUAUUGCCUGCAUUUGGCCAUAUCCCUUAACUAAUUUCCCCUUUGCCCAAUAAAGGAAAUGAUGAACAGGAUGAGUUACCAAUGGUAGGGUGUUAGGGUUGGGGUUUGAUUACUUUUUGGAUUGAGAAUGGUCUUGCAGUCAGUGGGAGAGACCUUGUUGUUUUAAUCUUUGAAGCAAGUUCACAGAGGUUUGUCUGUCAGGACAACGCAGAGGGCGUGGGAAGUUUCACAUCCAAAUGCAGUACACCCAAGACCCAGUCAUUUAUCGCAUGGGUAACUUCCAGCCUGACAGAUGGGGGAAUUACCCACUUAUCUUCCUUGUGGCAUCAUUUUAUACCACAUUUGCUUUAUGAGAUUAUGUCAAUAGUUUGAUGGUAAAAUAUAUUAUUUACAUAUUAAAACACUAAAUAUUUUUCUUAAUUAUAAAAGUGUUAUUGAGUCAUCGAACACUACAGCAGAGAAAAUGGUCCUUUGGCCCAUCUAAUCCCUGCCAAACCAGUCAUCUGCCUAAUCCCAUUAACCUGCACCAGACUAUAAUCCUCUAUACCCUUCAUUUAAGAGAAAUUGGAUAGGUACGUCCAUAUACCUAUACAAUUUCUCUUAAAUAUUACAAUUGAUCUUACAUCCAACUUCCACUGGCAGCUCAUUCCACAUUCUCACCAUCCUCUGAGUGAAAAAGUUCACCCUCAUGUUCUUCUUAAACAUUUCACUUUUCACUCUUAACUCUUGACCUUUAGUUCUAGUCUCACCCAUCCUUAGUAGGAAAAACCUGUUUGCAUUUACCCUAUCUAUACCCCUCAUAAUUUUGUAUACCUCUAUAAUGUAUAUCCUCAAUCUCUUAUGCUCUAGGGUGUAAGGUCCUAACCCAUUCAACCUUUCCCCACAACUCAGUUCCUCCAGUCCCGGCAACAUGCUUGUAAUUUGUCUCUGUAUUCUUUCACUCUUAUUGACAUCUUUCCUGUUGGUAAGUGACCAAAACUUCACACAAAACUCCAAUUUAGACUUCAGCCUAAUCUAUGAAGGCCAAUAUGCCAAAAGCUUCCUUUAGAAAGACAAUCAGAAAUCACUGGCAUAUGGCAUGAAAUUUGUUAACUUUUGCAGCAACAGUACAAUGCAAUACAUGAUAUUAUAUGGGGGAAAACUGUGAAUUAAAUAUUAAAUAUAUUAAAUAGUUAAAUAAAGUGUAAAUAUCAAAAUAAAAAUAAAGUAGUGAGAUAGUGUUCAUGGUUUCACUGUGCAUUCAGAAAUCAGGUAGCAGAGGGAAAAGCUGUUGCAGAGUUGGUGAAUUUGUGCCUUCAGACUUCUGUACCUCUUUCCUGAUGAAGAGGGUAUGUCCUGGGCGGUGGGAACCCUUAGUAAUGGACACCACCUUAUACAGGCACCUCUCCUUGAAGAUGUCUUGGAUUUAACUCAGAAAAUGUGUAGCUUGGAUGCUUGAUUGUUGGGUUGUGUUGUUCUCCAAUCCUGGCAAUCUAUUUCAUCGUCUUACGAGGCUGUUCACUUGUGGUGUGUUCUCCGAAUGCUUAUUUUUUUAUAUCCUUAUCAAUCAGAAGACCGAGGGGUACAAAUUUGGCUGGCAUCAUUGAAAGCCUGCACAUGGCAUACAAGAGAAUUCCCAGAAGCAUGGUUUGCUACAAACAAUUUUAUAAAGAGGCAUGUAGAUCGUGAACCCAUUUAUAAGCCAAUGCAGGCAAAAUUCCAGCCAAUGCAGAGUUCACCACACAACCAGUCAGUGACGAGAUCCCUUCCCUACUUCACAAUUGACUUCCCAUAAGAUGACAAGUCAAAUGACACACUUAUAAAAGCCAAGUAUUCGGUCUGUGAUUUAUCAAUGUUUGUUCCUCUAAACCCUGUGGACUAUUUGAUGGUCUAUAAUAUAAUCCCCUUAAUGUAGCCAUCCCUUUCUUAUUCUUCAUUUCCACCCAUAUAGAUCUGCUUUCCAACCUGUCUUGACUGAGCACUGCUGUGACAGUUUCCCUGACUAGUAUUGACACCACUCCCCCUUCAAUCCCUCCCAUUCUGUCAUGUGUAAAGCAACGGAACCCUGGAAAAUUGAGCUGCCGGUUAGUCCUGCCCCUCCUGCAACCAAGUUUCACUAAUAGCUACAAUGUCAUAAUUCCAAAUACCCAGAGCUCAGCCACUUUUCUUGCAAACAUGUAUGUUGAAAUAUACACAACUCAGAACAUAGUUCCACCUUGCUUCAUCUUUUGUUUCCUGACCGUACACAGGCUUAACAUUCUUCCUAACAACCAUUCUGUCUGCCCAGGUGCUCUUGUUUGCAUCCCCCUUUAACUCUAGUUUAAAUCUCUCCCCCCCCCACACCUCAGAAUAGCACCUGCAAACCUUCCCACAAGGAUAUUAGUCCCUCUCCAGUGUUCAGGUGCAAACCAUACCUUCUGUACAGGUCCCAGCUUCCUUGGAAGAGAGCCCAAUGAUCCAAAAAUCUGAAUCCCUUCCUCCUGCACCAAUUCUUUAGCCAUGUGUUAAACACUGUAUGAUCUUCCAGUUUCUGGCCUCACUAGCAUGUGGCAUGGGUAGCAAUCUAAAGAUCACAAGCCUGAAGGUCCUGUCCCUUAUGUUAUCACCUAACUUCCCUGAACUCACUUUGCAGUGCCUGGUCACCUAUCCGACAUUGGUCAUUGGCACCAACAAUGGAACACAAUCUCUGACUACUCAUCCUCCCACUUAAAAAUACCAUGGAUUCGUUCUGAAAUGUUCCUGACCCUGACUCCCAGGAGUCAGGAU